AUGUCCAGCAGGAAGGUGAUGCUGUCACCGCCAUGCUUCACCGUAGGGAAGGACAGCACUCUGACAGGGGUCAACAUCCCACAGUUGGUUGGACUAGAUGAUGGUUCGGUGCUGGUGGAAAGCAAUGGCUGGCAACAACACCCGACUCCGUACUUCAGGCCACUGCCACUGAUCAAGCAGUUCCAGCACUUCAGCUUUGAUGCACUGGAGUCUGGUGUUGCUGUCGCUGUCGCCAAGGAGUGGAUCAGAGUUCAGCUGCUGCGCAAUGCUGACAUCCUUCCUCCCAUAGAUGAGACUGAAAAUACAAGUCACAGAACCUGCCAGCUCUGCAAAAAGUCAGGUAAACAACACUUUCCUGUGGAUAUCUCCACCUCCUACCACCAAAAGUACAAACAGCAUGUACAACUGGUAAAGCCGGUGGUGGCUGGUCCGCUUCAAGAAGAUGAGGUGUGGGAGGUCCCUCCGUCCCCCCUGGACAUCGGGGGGGCGCCGGCAUAUGCAGUUCGGUCCAUACUGGACUCGAGGCGUCGGGUACCUCGUGGACUGGGAGGGGUACGGUCCGGAGGAGAGAUGCUGGGUGCCGGUGGAGGACGUACUGGAUCCACCUAUGCUAAGGGAGUUUCACCGCCUCCGUCCGGAUCGCCCUGCGCCUCGUCCUCCGGGUCGUCCUCGAGGCCGACGUCGUCGGGGGUGGGGUACUGUCACGACUUCUACCGAAGGUCCUUGCUGUGAGUUAACUCUCUUUGGCUUGGAUUCAGAUGACUGCACUUCUCUCUGGAAACCCAUCAGUAGAAUCCAACAGAAAAGCAGUGGCUUCAACCAUGGGAGACAUUAGCAGGUCAUUUCAGUUCACUCCACCUCUCUAUCCAACUCUCUGCUCUCAGCUCCUUCUCUCUGACUGUUUCAUCAGGCAACAAAGACUUCCUACAGUAAGCCUGAACAACGCUACGCUCUGCACAGCUUCAACGCUUCAAAACACUACACAUACACA